CCCGGCAUCCUCCGCGGAGCAAGAUGGCGGCGGCCGGGACGGCCCCGGAGGUGACGGGGCGCUAGGCCGUCCGCCCCGCGGCCUCUCCCGAGGGCCGUGCGGGUCCCAGGAAGCGAGCUCAAGCCCAUUCCAACGAAGGCGUGAUGGCUUUUCCUGCCGUGGCCGUGGGGACGCCCCAGUGAUGCCUCUGCCCUGAGAGGCAGUGUCGGCUUCUCGCAGCCCUGACUGGACCUCCGGAGCCUGCGGCGGAAGCGCCCCGGCCGAGGCACGAGGCCGGUCUCGCAAGUCCCUCCGCCCCGACAGGCGCGACCCUGAGCGCUCCAUGCCUGCGGGCGGAGGGAGGCGGCGCCUCCCCCAGGGCUGCCACCUCUGCUGGCUGCUCUGCGCUUUCGCCCUAAAGCUCUGCCAGGCCGAGGCCCCCGCGCCCGCGGAGAAGCUGUCAGUGGGCGCCUCGAACCUGCCGUGCUGGCUGGUGGAAGAGUUCGCGGUGGCAGAGGAGUGCGCGCCGUGCUCCCGUUUCCAGGCCAAAACCACCCCUGAGUGUGGUUCCACAGGGUAUGUGGAGAAAAUCACAUGCAGCUCAUCUAAGAGGAAUGAAUUCAAAAGCUGCCGCUCAGCUCUGAUGGAACAACAUUUAUUCUGGAAAUUUGAAGGGGCCAUCGUGGGUGUGGCCUUGGUCUUUGCUUGCCUUGUCAUCAUUCGUCAGCGACAGCUGGACAGAAAAGCUCUGGAAAAGGUCCGGAAGCAAAUCGAGUCCAUAUAGCUACCUUCCACUUUUUGAUAGGGGCCUUAGGGAUUGUACCUCAGACACAGACAGUAGAAUGAACGGACUUGGGCCCUUUGUUCUUGGGAACUUGUGGUGGCACCUACUUCUCUGUCUCUUGUCUAGAUCAUUAACGAGCAAAAUACAGAAUAGUUUUCUUCUCUAUUAUAAUUUGGUUUGGGACAGAAAGUCCUGGUGGCAGAAAUGGGAUAGCAGCUUUAGGCCCCAGUGUACCAACUACCUAUCUUCCCCUUCUUCUGGUACUUAUUUAAAAUUUUCAGGACAAAAUUUCAGCAAAAAAGUUUAUUUCUCAGCCAAAACCUCUGUUUUCCCCCAACCCUAACCCC